ACUCUUUCAAAGUGAUAUUAGCUGUGCCUAGGUUAAUCUUGAGGCUGAUAUAUAAAGUGUGAUUCAAUGAGUCUCAGCUACAGAGCAUCUCCCUUGGUGAGAAUUCCAUGUGUGGUUGAAGCAGGGUGGAAAAUGGGUCAAGCAGCGACGCUACCACAGAGAAACGGCACCUAUGUCAUUGAGCUUCAUGAAUGGUAUAGAAAAUUUAUCAAUGAGUGCCCUAGUGGACUGAUUACUCUCCACGAAUUUCAAAGACACUUCUGUGAUGGUACAGUGGGCAACGAGUCUUCAGAAUAUGCCGAGCAGAUAUUCAGAACGCUGGACAAUAAUGGGGAUGGGAUUGUUGAUUUCCGAGAGUAUGUGACUGCUAUAAGUAUGCUAAUUCAAGGCUCCCCUGAAGAGAAGCUGAGAUGGUCCUUCAAGUUGUAUGACAAGGAUAGCGAUGGUGCUAUUACACGAUCGGAAAUGCUAGAAAUUAUGCAGGCUGUAUAUAAAAUGAGUCUGGCAGCUUCUCUAACAAAAACGAACCCUUUAACAGUGGAGGAAUGCACAAACAAGAUAUUCAGCAGACUGGAUAAAGACAGAAAUGCCGUUAUCAGCCUCGAAGAGUUUAUCGAAGGAGCUUUAGAUAACGACUGGAUACGUGAAAUGCUUGAGUGUGACCCCAACACAGUCAAAGUGGAAAUACCUCAGAAAACCUCUCCUGUCUAGCAAGCACAUUACCUCUACGUGACUCGACACCAUUAAGAAACCCAACCUGUAGGGAACUGUACAGCUCCUUAGCAACAGGCUAUUUAUUGCACAGUAGUUGCUGUGGUUUGAAAAAUUUAAAGAGACACUGCUUAUGUAACACUGUAAAAAUAGCAUUGGGAAUUUUAAAAUGACUUACUGUUUUUGUGAGAAUUACACGUUGUAGUUUAUAUACUGGCUUGAACUGUGCCACUGUGAAAUGUAACAUGCCUUAGUUUCUGAUUGGAGGAACUGCAUGAUGUCUUUUCAUGAUGUCUUAUUAAAAUGUUCAACAGUGCGUAUUAUGUGGAAUUUUGUAUUCUGUUAAAUUAAAUAAGCUUACUCAUUCUGUUCAUCUGUCUGUAUUCUAUAUAAGACAAUGCAAUAAAAAAUAGUUAAAAUU